AUGGCAACCAACACUCCCCCACCACCACCUCCUCCUCCUCCAGAAAACACACACUCUCGCCCGGACGCCGCCAUGGCCGAACCCACAGAGACCAGCACUGUCGCAGCGGCAGCAACAGCAGCAGCAGCAGCAGCGACAGCAGACACAACAGCAACACCACCCGCGGCCUACUCCCCGUCACCCUCCCCCUCCUACAAGCUUAAAUUCUGCACCGUCUGCGCAUCGAACAACAACCGCUCCAUGGAAGCCCACCUCCGCCUCUCAACAGCAACAACCGGAUUCCCCGUGAUAUCCUUCGGGACAGGCUCGCUAGUCCGGCUCCCCGGCCCAUCCAUUACGCAACCGAACGUGUACAGCUUCAACACCACCUCCUACCAACAGAUGUACGAAGAACUGCGCGGCAAAGACGAGCGGCUCUACCGCAGCAACGGCAUCCUGACCAUGCUCGACCGCAACCGAAACCUGAAAUGGGGGCCCGAGCGCUUCCAGGACUGGGUGCCUGGUCUGCCACGGACGGAGCAUGUCGAGAAGGGAGAUAAAGGUGCCAUCGGCACGGAGGGCGGUGUCGUUGAUGUUAUUAUUACGUGCGAGGAGCGAUGCUGGGAUGCUGUGGUUGAUGAUCUCAUGAAUAAAGGAUCGCCGCUGAACCGGCCGGUGCAUGUCUUUAACGUUGACAUCAGGGAUAAUCAUGAAGAGGCCCUGCUGGGGGGAAGGCGAUUCUUGAUCUGGCGGACCGGUUGA